AAUAUUUAUUUUUAAUGUUUUAAAAGGUCGAGGAAAAUGGGCAUUUGUAUAUUGGAGUCUUGCUUAGCACUCGCUCCAAAUUUCUCCUAAGGCAACAAAGAGAUUCACCAUCUCAGGUGGAUCAGACAGAUCCAGCGAAAUCCCAAAAGAGGUGCGAGUAAUUUUCUCCUGGGUGUCGUUUGAUCGUGGUCUGUAAUUUGAAGUGGCUGCAGGUUCUUAGUGCAGGCUAGGUGGUGGCAACACACGACUACUAUCUGCGGUUACAUCUAUGUUUGGAGGUCAAGUGAUAGCGCCUAGCAAUAGUCCACAUUUGAGGAAGUCUGGUAGCCGACCUGUUGUCCUUGAUCUUGUUGGUGACCAAGGAAAUGGUGCAGAGGAGGGUUUUCUGCAUUCAAUGGAGUCGAAUGAUUUGAAGAGUACUGUUACACCAAUAAGCACUGUUGCAAUAAUGCCUUCUCCAGUAUUGUUAUGGAGAUUCAAGGUACUAUUGUUUUUUCUUUGGGGUUUCAUUUGCUGCAAGAUUGGAUGGGAUUCUGUCAUGAGAAUGAGUGUGGAUUUACGAGACCUUUUUCUCUAUGAGGCAUUUUUAUAUUACAAUCCUCUUCUUCUUGUGACUAUGAUGGUUUGGCUUUGGGGAGUUAAUUUAUGGGUUUUUGCACAAUCUACCAUCAAUUACGCAAAAAUUUUUGAUCUUGACCAAAAUCAUCUUACCCACAGAGAAAUAUGGAAGGUUUCCACAUGGAUGACUAUCAUUGUCCCAACUAGCAUGACUGCAUAUCUCUACCUUUAUUCUCAUGGAGAAGUAUCAUUGGCUGCAUCACAACCAGUCCUUUUGUACUUGGCUGUUGUGAUGGUUUUGAUAUUCCCCUUUGAUAUCUUUCAUUUGUCUUCCCGCUACUACUUUUUAAGGACUCUUUGGCGGAUAGUUUUCCCACUACAGGCAAUCACAUUUUCUGACUUUUUUUUGGCUGAUAUCUUGACCUCCAUGUCAAAGGUAUUUUCAGAUUUGGAGCGUUCUGCAUGUCGAAUGGUACAUCGACAGGUUGCCACCAUUGCAUGGUUUGAAGCUGAUUCCGUUUGCGGCAGUCACUCCAUUGCAAUUCCUUUAGUCCUUGUUUCACCUUACAUUUUUCGAUUGUUCCAAUGCCUUCGACAAUACAAGGAUACUAGGGAGAAAACAUCUCUUUUUAAUGCAUUAAAGUAUUCAACUGCGGUGCCAGUUAUUUUUCUUUCAGCCCUUAAAUAUCACGUCUUCCCUGAUAAAUGGACAAAUUUUUAUCGGCCCCUGUGGCUUCUAUCAAGUGUUUUGAACUCAUUGUACUCGUUCUACUGGGAUGUGACUCGGGAUUGGGACUUGAGCUGCUUCACACGGAUUUUCAAAUUCAACAAAACAAGUCUUUGCUCAUACCUGCUAUAUGGACGAAAAUGGGUAUAUUUUUGGGUGAUUGGAAGCAAUUUGAUCUUGCGUUGCACGUGGACAUACAAGCUGUCUGCCCAUCUCCGUCAUAAUUACCUCACUGUGUUCACAAUCACUGCCUUGGAGAUGAUCCGCCGUUUCCAGUGGGUUUUCUUCCGUGUUGAAAAUGAGUGGAAUAAAAUGAGUUCCAAGUCAAAUCUUCAGCUUUCCAUGAAUGACAGCUCAACUGAGGAAGCCAAGUUACUUGCUUCCAUUGACCAUAAUGUAUAGAUUAUAGACGACUAGCAAUUAUGUCUUACGCUCAUCAAGGAGGUUUCGAACAAUGCCUCCAUAUUUUUUUGCGGAGAAGUGCUUAUUCAUUGCUUUUUUUAAUUUUUCAAUUUAUAAAAUUUUUUUGUUCAUAUACGAAAAGGCUGUUCAACAUUUACAAAGCUAAUAGAUACGUAUCUAAUCUUAAUCA